CUUCUCUUCCUUAACGCCCAAAGGGUUGAGGUUCCCUCUCUUCCUCUUCCUCUUCCUCUUCUAAUCCUUUCCACUACUUCCAUUCUCCUCUGAUACUUUUCAGGGCUAGGGUUUCGAGCGAUGGCUUCCACAAGGAAAGAUUUGGAUCGGAUCAAAGGGCCAUGGAGCCCAGAAGAAGAUGACUCGUUGCAGAAACUUGUCGAGAAGCACGGACCUAGGAACUGGUCUCUUAUAAGUAAAUCCAUACCUGGGAGAUCCGGCAAGUCUUGCCGGCUCCGUUGGUGUAACCAGCUUUCCCCCCAGGUGGAGCAUCGAGCUUUCAGUCCUGAAGAGGAUGAAACGAUCAUCCGGGCGCAUGCUAAGUUCGGGAACAAAUGGGCGACGAUCGCUCGUCUCUUGUCUGGUCGCACAGACAACGCGAUCAAGAACCAUUGGAAUUCGACCCUCAAGCGUAAAUGCUCGUCAAUGAUGGAAGACGGCAGUGUUGAUGGUCAUGCACAUCAGCCUCUGAAGAGAUCGUCUAGUGCGGGAGCCGCAAUCCCACCCGUCUCGUCACUCUAUCUCAGCAGCCCAGGCAGCCCCUCUGGAUCCGACGUAAGCGAUUCUAGUCUCCCCGUAAUGUCUUCGUCUCAUGUGUACCGGCCUGUGGCGAGAACAGGAGGGAUCUUGCCUCCAUCUCAGCAGCAGCUUGAAACAUCGUCUUCGACAAAUGACCCACCGACCUCGCUUAGUCUCUCCCUACCUGGAGCAGAUUCCUGCGAGGUUUCUAAUCAUGUGUCUGGUGGGUCAAGCCAUUCACCAAUCACACCAAACCCUAGCCACCUUCCUACUCCCCUGACCCUUCCUACUGCCGUUCCGUUGCAGCAGUUUCCGUCACCCCAGCUUGAUAAUCAACAAUAUAGACAGUACAACGGGUUCGGAUCGUCAGAUAUGUCUCCUGCGGAGAAACCAUUUAUUCCUUUCAGUACUGAGUUCCUUUCUGUGAUGCAAGAGAUGAUCAAAAAGGAAGUCAGGAAUUACAUGUCCGGGCUUGAGCAGAACGGGCUAUGUUUGCAGGCUGAUGGGAUUAGGAACGCUGCUGUGAAGCGUAUUGGCCUCAGCAAGAUCGAGUAGAGUUGAGCUGAUUUUCAUAGAGGAAGAAGAAGAGUUGAAUGAUGAUAGAUAGAAGUAGAGGACGAGAGGAACACAGGAAAAAAAAAAAAAAUCUUGUUUUUUUUGUUUUUUUAAGUUUCCUUGUCCUCUUUUCUAUACCAAAAAAAAAAAAAGUUAUCAUCGUGUACAGAAAAAACAGAGGUCAAAGAUGGUGAAUCUGGAAACCAGAAAGAAGAAAAGUUCUUCCAGGAACAGAAACAAAAAGAAAAAUUAAACCUAUCCUCUUCUGAGAAGAUCAUUCACCAGACAUAGAUGCAGAAACAGAAAGAAGAAAAAUCCUCCAUCCAAGUUACCCUCUUCAGUUUUCUUUCAUUUUUGUUUCCCAUUUUAAAAAUUUAUAGUUUACCGUAAAUUUUAGUUUCA